AUGUCGCAAAGAAGUAGGCCAACUCAAUUUCCAGCAACGCGUCCCCAAAAUGAAUUUGUCUCGCGAGGAACUAAACGCCCUCGUCGCUCUAAAGCAACGAACUGACAUAGCAAUCAAACCCGCCAAUAAGGGUGGAGCCGUUGUAGUUUGGGAUCGUGCCCUUUACAUACAGGAAGCUGAGCGGCAACUCUCUGACACCAAUUUUUCCCAACGUGUGGAUCAUGACCUGACAAUGGAACAUCAAGCGGAAGUAGUUUCGGUUGUUGAAGACGCCAUCACAAAGGGUGAACUCCCUGCCUCAGCUUCCAAUCUUAUCGUAGAUCACCCUCGUACUUCCAGGUUUUACCUCCUUCCCAAGAUACAUAAGCCAGGAAACCCAGGGAGACCUAUCGUAUCGGCAUGCAACUGCCCCACUGAACUCCUUGCAACUUACCUCGACCAGAUCACUUCCCCCUUAGUUCGCAGUUUACCCAGCUACGUCAAAGACACCAACCACAUGCUCGACAUUGCACAGUGCUUUCGCUAUCCUACUACUGGCCCUGAUCGCUUCGUGUUCACUAUGAACAUCAAGUCACUAUAUACAGUAAUACCCAACAACGAUGGCCUUUUGGCCCUGCGACAUUUCCUAAACAAGCGGCCAGUACAGGAACCACCUCCACAUACUUUAGUACGCCUGGCUGAGCUGUUCCUUACACUUAACAGCUUUAGUUUCAACGGAGAUUACUUCCAACAAACGGGUGGUGUAGCAAUGGGCAGUAGGCUAGGACCGAACUACGGUUGUCUGUUCGUCGGCCACGUCGAAUAACAAAUCUUCCAACAGUAUCCCGGAAAGAAGCCUGACCUCUACAAACGAUAUUUUGACGACAUCGCAGGUGCAGCUUCCUGCAGCAAAAACGAACUUGACAACUUUGAUGAAUUUAUCAACAACUUUCAUCCAAGCCUUAAAUUCACUUGGGCCAUCAGUGACAAUCAACUGCCUUUUCUAGAUCUCCUGCUGAAACCAACACCCCAAGGACUAACUACUUCCAUCCACUACAAAGAAACCGACUCACACUCAUAUAUCACAUACACUCCGUCACAUCCCGUCCGAUGCAAGAACUCGGUCCCCUACAGCCAGUUUCUACGCCUCAGACGAAUAUGUAGUGAUGAGAACGACUACAAGACCAAAAGCAAAGAAAUGGCAUCAUUCUUCCUGCAACGUGAUUAUACACUAGCGGUUGUAGAUAGAGCCCUUCAACACGUUGACACUAUCCCCCGAGAUACAGCCUUAAGACCACCUAACGACGGACAAUCCAACAGAGAAGUCAUCCCCUUAAUCUUAACAUACAACCCCAUCAACCACCAUGUAAAGAACAUCCUAUCAAGAAACUUCGACCUUUUAAAAUCUGACCCUGAAACUAAGGAACUGUUUGAUAACUCGCGAGUACUCGGUGCAUACCGCCGCGACACCAACCUGCGUGAUUCCUUGGUCAGCAGCAACCUCCAAUCUGGCGCAAAUACUGAGGAUGAACCAAAUGGAACCUUUCCCUGCCAUCGUCCACGAUGCAAGACCUGUGCCCAUACCAACUCAGCCUCCCAGAUCAACACCCCCGGUGGACCUCUGACCAUACGGCAGAGGUUCUCAUGCACGACAAGUAACCUCGUGUAUAUCAUAACUUGUCGGGCAUGCACUCUGUCGUACGUUGGCGAAACCGGACGUAGGCUUGGGGACAGGUUCUGCGAACACCUCAGAUCUGUCUCAAAGAAAGCUGACCUACCCGUUGCUAAACAUUUUUCCACCCCCGGUCACACAACUGAUAAUAUGAUGGUA